UAUACUACAUGUGACAUCAUCAAUCUAACUUUAUAGUACAGAUGACAUCAUACACAAAGCACACAACACAGCAUCUAACACACACCACUAGCUCUCUCCGAACCAAACACAAACCUAGCCGCCUUCCUUCUUUGCCGCAGUUCAAUUACCAUCGACCGACCCACGAAGACGCAGAGAAUAUCAAGCUCUUCAGAAGCUAAGCCAAGAAAUUAGAAGGAUGACGCAAAGGCUUCAAGUAGGGCAGCAGCAACAAGAGCCAACGCAAGGCACAUCAACAGAAGGCUCUCAGGCUUCAUGUUGCACCAGGAAGUAGGACCUAAACACCAUUGAGAUGUAAUGAAUUUGAUGACAUUUUCUAUUUGUGGCAAUUAUUUAGUACUUUAACUUUGGCAUUUGGUAUUUAUGAUAUUCUGUACUUAAGUUGGGAAUGUAUUGAUAUAUUUUGAGACUUUAAGUUUCUAUAACAGGUUUUAAAAAUUGGAUUGUGACAGACAUAACACAUUUUGGCUUAUCAAUUGCUGUAAUAGGUUUUAAAAAUUUGCAAUCCUUUAAUAGGUUUUAAAAAAUUGGACUGUAACAAGUUCUGAUUUAGAGGUUUAAAAAAAAAUUACAACUGUUUUACAGGUUUUCAAUUUAAAUUAAAAUUUGUUGACCAAUUGCUUUACAGGAUUGUAACAGCUGCUUUACAGGGUUUUUUUUUUUUUUUUUUUUAAAAAAAGGGAUUGUGCAAGAUGCAAGCAAUUACAUAAAAUACGCAAGCAAUGCUACUAUGAUUAUAACAGCCGGUUUACAUGCUAAUAUGCAAGCAAUUAAAAAAGAAAUAAGAGUGUUGAAUAACAAAGGUCAUUACCAGUUAAAAAAAAAAAAAAAAAAAAAAUUUUUGAGGGGUAUUUUUGUCAUGAAUUUUUAAGUCAACAUGUGGGCAAAAGGGUAGAAUAGUUAUUUUAUACUUAAAAAAUAUCGUUGAUGUAAGUAAAAUACGAAAUUACUCUUUCAAAUAUGAAUAAAAAUUAAAACAAAAAUUUUCAUCUAGGUGAGAAAUGACCUGUUUUUUUUUUAAGUCAACAUGUGGGCAAAAGGGUAGAAUAGUUAUUUUAUACUUAAAAAAUAUCGCUACAAAUUGACAUUUGGAAUGUAAGUAAAAUACGAAAUUACUCUUUCAAAUAUAAGUAAAAAUUAAAACAAAAAUCUUUAUCUAGGUGAGAAAUGACCUGACCUCUUAAGCUUAAUUUACCUAAGUUUUAACCAGUUUUUGCCGCGUUACAUACGCGGAUGGCCACGCGGUAUUGAGUUAGAAACUUCAAAGUAGGUUCCUUUCUCACUCCAAUUGUUUUGAUCAUUUCAAAAGUGAAUUUCUGACACCAAAUUGACUGACUUUGGGUCUUCGUCUCCCCUACAACAAUUCAAAAAAGCUCCAUGCAUGACCCUACCUAGUCCACAUAACUAUCAUGGCCAUGGGGGUAUAUAUAUCCCAAGCAGGCAAGCACCAACACAUCACACACAACCACCCCCUUCAGGCUCACAUCUCUCCCAUAGCUAUAUUUCCUGUUGAAACUCCUCUUUUGGUUAACAUAAGCAUAGUAACAAAGAUGGAUCAAUGUGAGCAGUACCAAAAACUUCAGACAGUUGCGACACAAUUCGAUAAGCACCGUCACUUCCUUGUGAAGACGAUUUUGCAGUUUCUUGUACCACUCUCUUUAUUAUCAUUCCUUCUCUUCUUCUACUCUUUAGGCUUCUUCCACUGCUUCAAUUUUGAGUCCUCAACAAUGCUUUUCCCAUUCUUCACCCUUACCCUUGAGAGGAAGUACAUGUUCCUCAUUUGUAAUGCCAUCCUUGUGUUUAUUGCUAAGGAUUCCUGUUCCAGUGUUUCUUCUCCGGCUGAGCGUGACUUCAAUGCAAAGAGUAUUAUUAAUGACGAUUAUGUGAAGCCAGUGGCGUCUACCAAAGUCGCCAUGGGAAGUAGUAGUAUACAAUCUCUACGGAAAGCUGAACAAGUAGCAGAAGAGCAAGAAAAUGCAUUUUUUAAUACAGACUUGAAGGAAACACAAAACUGCCGGAGAAGAAACACAAGACAAAGGAAAUGUGAUUAUGACGAAGAUGACCAAAGAGAAGAAUCAGAAUCAGAAGAAAGUGGGUCACUGAUUCCAGCAUCAUCAGCACAAGACAACGGAAAUGAACUAAAUUUGAAUACAGAUGAAUUGAACAGAAAAUUUGAUGACUUCAUAAGGAAGAUGAAGGAACAAAUCAGGAUUGAACCUCAAUGUCAACUAAUCACCGUGUAGUGUACAGCAUAAGCUGAAAGUGUACUCUCUUUUUAGGUGGCUAAGAACUCUCAUUUUGUCAACCUUUCAAUCGCUUGUGUUGUUUGUAAAGUGGGACUUGUUCUCGCCCUUGAUGCUCUUACAGAUUUUAGACUGAAAUUU